AUGACGGGACGGGCCGAGACACGAACCCCUGAACCGCCUGACCGCGACGAACACGAAAAUUCACCACCCCGAUUACUGAGACCGAGGCGCUCCACCAGACCGCCUAACAAUUAUGCCCAGGAGCAAGAACUCGAUAUCGAACAAAGCAACGCGCGUUCUCAGCGGAAGAAGACCCAGGGCAAGCCAGUGGCCCAGCGUGAAGCGGUAGCCUCGGAAUCAUCAACAGAGAGCGAGGACCCGAACGCGUCGGAACUGUUGAAGGAACUUGUCAAACUCAGGAAGGAGAUCAGACAGCGAGACGAAUUACAUAAGGAAGAGCUUCAAAAAGUCAAAGAAGAAUUUACCGCCCUCAAAGAAGAGUUUAGCGCCGCCCUUGCAGAAGUUCGGCACGAGCUACAGACCCUGGCAGAUAGACCCGCGACCCCUCAACCCCACCCCGAGUCGUGCUCCCCGAACAACCAUGAUGCGAUUCUCCGCGAGAUUCAAUCUUUACGUGAGGAAAUCAGCGCCCCCGCUCCCACGAGUUCCCCGUCCUAUGCAGAUGUCGCGCGCACUCCCCCAACCAGUUACCCAAGCAACAUACGGACCCUGUCAACGCUGAACACGACACCGACCACCUUCACCGAAACUUUGUACUGCACGAUAGACACCUCGAAGAUGACCGAAAGUGAAAACGAGAGGAAAUCUGCAGGCUCAAUCAGGGCCACAAUCGAGAAAGAGGUCCGAACGAUGGAUGAUCACACUCACUGGCGCUAUCGCGCGGUUACUGUCAGUCCAAGAGACCCCAACCGGAUUAGGAUCGUAUGUCGCGAUAAAGCCGAGCACCAGCUGGUCAAGAAAGUGGCGGAAGAAAAGAUCGGAACGGGAGCCCGGGUGCUCCGGGACGAGCUAUACCCGCUUAAGGUCGAUAGCGUCAAGAAGUCUGCAGUACUGGAUGAAAACCAUGACAUGCUGGUAGGAGCAGCCGCAGCCCUGGGUGAGGAAAAUGAAACUACAGUCGCCAGGAUAACGUGGCUUAGCAGUAAGGAGGCCGCGAAGCCAUAUAGGUCAAUGGUCGUGUACCUCACCAAGGGUAGUGACGCGCAGAGGCUAUUAGCCGACGGAUACUUCCACGUUAGAAGGGAAUCCAGGACAACUAGCGUCUUUAAAUAUCGGCCACAACCGAUGCAAUGUUACAACUGCCAGGAGAUUGGUUAUAAGGCAUUCCAAUAUAAGAAGACCCAGAAAUGCGCAAAAUACGCCACGGAGGGCCAUCAUUAUAGUCGCUGUGAUCAAGAGGUCCCAAAGUAUAUUCCAUACGGUGGGCCACAUGAAUCGUUUAGCAAGAAUUGCCAGAAGCUCUACCCACCACGCCAUGAAUAA